AUGGCAACCUCGUCCGGCUACCCCAUACAUUCUACAGCUGCUGGAUCUACUGAAUCACCAAAUGAUGAUGUUAUCUCUCAGCAGCUUCUUUUUAAUUCUGCAAACGUCGAAGCAGUCGAAGAUUGCGUUCACAAUGUCAUUUCUAUGCAAACGCUGAGAAAUCCAGAUCAAUUGGCCAUCUCAUCUUGGGAUAUGGAACUCACAUAUAAACAACUGGAUGAAAAGUCAACAAUACUGGCAUCCUACUUGUCCACCAUUGGUGUUGGCCCUGAAAAGCUCGUAUCUCUAUGUUUUGAAAAGUCCGCGUGGACAGUCAUUGCAAUGCUAGCUGUCAUGAAAGCUGGCGGGGCAUUUGUGCCUAUGGAUGCUGCGUUUCCAGAAAUGCGUAUCAAGCAAAUUAUCAGCGAGGUUGACACAGAUAUUGUUCUGGUUUCUCCCACCACUCAAGCAGCAUUCAAUGGCUAUCCUCAGCGGAUUGUUGUCAUUUGCCAAGAGCUUCUGGACAGUCUUGAUCCACAAAGCACUCUACUUUAUCCAGCCUCCCCAUCAAACGCCGUCUACGUUAUUUUCACGUCCGGUUCCACGGGAAAGCCAAAGGGAAUUUUAAUGGAGCAUCGUAACUUCUGUUCAGGAGCAAGUGGGCAUGCCACCGCCUUGAAGCUUACACCAGGAUGCCGAGUUCUCCAAAUUUCUUCAUACAUAUUUGACGCUAGCCUCGUCGAGAUUCUCACGACUCUCAUGGUCGGUGGUUGCAUCUGUAUCCCUGACGAACACACUAGGGUCAACGACCUAGUCGGCUUUAUUAAUGACAAGGCUGUUGACUACGCCAUCAUAACACCAUCUCUCGCCCGAACGAUCCAGCCAUCGUCUGUUCCAACUCUGAAAACGCUGGUACUAGCUGGCGAAGCUAUGAUGCCCGAUGACAUCAAGACUUGGGCGAACAAGUUAGCAUUAGUCAAUGGUUACGGGCCCAGUGAGUGUGCGGUUUGCUGUUCAUCAAACCUAAAUGUGACCCUUGCAACUAUUCCUACGAACAUUGGCAAGUCCAUCAGUACAUGCCGUUGCUGGAUUGUUCAUCCUGAUGAUCCCGAGCAAUUGUUAGGGCCAGGCUGUGAUGGGGAACUACUAGUAGAGGGGCCGAUCUUGGCUCGAGGGUAUCUCAAUGAUGAAGAACGAACCAAAAAUACCUUUAUUGAUGCACCCCAAUGGCUAAAGGGCAUCAUCGGCGACAAUUCACAGUACUCUCGACUCUAUAAAACUGGUGACAUAGCGCGGUAUGACGAAAAUGGUUCCCUCAUUUUUGUGGGCCGCAAGGAUACCCAAGUGAAGUUACGAGGCCAGCGAGUAUCUCUACCGGAGAUUGAGAAUCAGCUGUUAAAACAUGACAGAGUGCAGCAUGGUUUAGUCCUUUUCCCCCGUUCUGGUCCUUUUUCAGGAAGAUUAGUUGCUGUCAUUCACACCGGCGAUGAAGAAAUCGGGUUGUCUGAGACGAACAUACAGUUUUAUACUAGUUCUGAUCGAAAAAACAAACUAAUCGGCUCCAUCGAUGCCCAUUUGGCCACGGAACUUGCCCCUUACAUGAUCCCAACUGUAUAUGCUGUGUUGUCAUCGGUACCACUGUUGCAGUCUGGAAAAUUGGAUAGAAAGCAGGUUUUAUCCUAUGUUACUGAAGUGCCGGAAUCGACCAUGCGAACAUUGGCAAACUCCAUACUUCAGUCCAAUAGCAUACCAGAGGGUGAUUCGUUGGCAAUGUCUCUGAGUGGUGAGGUUGCCUCGCUUCUCUCAAAACACAUCGAUAGCAGUCUUUACUCUGUCACAUAUGGUUGGGACAUUGGGCUUGUAGCUGCGGGUAUUGAUUCAAUAAGCGCCAUCUCGUUACGAAGACAUAUAUUGGAAACAUACCACGCAACUAUAAGUGUGAAGACAAUACUACACCCGGAUUCGAAUAUUACCUCUUUAGCUGAGCUUAUCCGUACAGAGGCUUGUGGCGAGGCGAUGGAGCAAGACCCAAACUUUGACAUUGACUUCGAAGUUCAGAAAUCAUUUGGAGAUUGGUUGGAGAAUAUCAAGCCGCAGUCGCUUUCAUUUCACGGAAAAAAGCUCGACGGAUAUAAAACUGUUUUUCUAACAGGAGGAACUGGAUAUCUCGGCUCGCAUAUUUUGUUUCAAUUGCUCAUGAAAAGCGAAAUUGCGCAUGUUGCCUUACAUGUAAGAGCAGACAGCGAAGGCCAUGCUCGGGAGAAGCUCAUCACUUCCGCCAUGGCAGCCGGCUGGUGGAGAGACGAGUUUGAGUCAAGAAUCGAAAUAUGGCUGGGAGACCUUUCGCUGCCUCAUUUAGGCCUGGAUGACCUUUUGUGGUCUAAAUUGAAGGAAGGGGAGAUUGAUACCAUUGUUCAUAAUGGCUGUGACGUCAACUGGCACAAGGACUACGAUUCUCUGAGGUCUACUAAUGUUCUGUCCACAUUUACGCUACUACAAGCUGUGGAACAGGCUGUGUUGCCCAUGAACUUUGUUUACGUCUCUGCUCGGAUGGAAGAUGCCACUCUGGAUAUGAAACAAACGUCUAAUGAGGCUUUGGGAUACAUACAGACCAAGAUUGCUUCGGAGCGCUUGAUUCAAGAAUAUCUGAAAAGAGAUCCUACGCGCAAACAGUGUUUUACAGUGGCCCGUCCUAGUUUGAUCAUCGGUACUCCAUCAAAUGGUGUUGCCAACGUAGAUGACUUCAUCUGGAGGUUGACUGUGGGAGCAGUCGAAACGCAAUGCUUUCCACUUGUCGACCAGGAAAGCUGGCUAUUCAUGUCUGAUGUCGGCAGCGUGGCUGAAGAAAUUGCAUUGGCUAGCAUCUAUGGCAAUCCCACGAGUGACUCCAUACUCAAAUUUGAGAACGGUAUACCGGUAUCAGAAUUUUGGAGUAUCAUCGCCUCUGCUACAAACACGAAGCUACGCCCAGUUGAGAUGGAAGAAUGGAUUGUCAAACUGACGGGGCACACCGAGGGACAGGGGGGUGAUCACCCCCUGUGGGCUGUUCAAUCCUUUUUACCCAGUGCAGGACGGUAUUUCGAAGCCAAGUCGCCAUCCAAUCACGGAGAAGAUGGAUCUAUUCGUGAUGCGGUUCGCAUGAAUGUCAUGUAUUUGAUGGAAAUUGGCUAUUUGCGAAGCAAACAUGUGCCUUCAGGUGGAAAUGGUUUAGGUAGUAAACACGUGUUUAAACGCAACAAGAAGGUAAAUUAG